UAUUCCUCUGCCAUGCAAAAAGAUGCUCCUGUUUUCCUUUAUUUACACUUUGGCUCCUCCUUUACUCCUCAAAACCCACCCAGUAGUCCACCACCUCCAUCAUCUUCACUCUUACUCUCAGACAGAGAGUCUCUUUCUAAUAACUUAAAACUCACAUUUCCUCUCUCUAAAUUCACAUUUCUCUUUCUCUUCCCUAAUUUCACAACAGCGCCAUAUACAUACACACUGCAAUGGAGGCACCCGACUUUUUCAUCGGUGGCUACUUCUGCGGAGGAGCAGCGACUGAGUUUUUGCCAGAGAAGAGAAUUUCCGAUCAGAAACCGGGGGAGCAUUUCGCAGUUGAUGACCUCCUUGAUUUGCCCAACGAUGACGAUGCAAUAAUGACGGACGGUUUCUUCGAUAAUAUCACUAAAAAUUGCACUGCUACUACCGAUUCUUCUACGUUUACUUCUAAUGACAGCUGUAAUUCUUCCGUUUCCGGCAACCACGUCGGUUACCAGAACUUUGCCGAUUCUCACUUCUCCAGCGAGCUCUGCGUUCCGUAUGAUGACUUGGCCGAGCUUGAAUGGCUCUCAAAUUUUGUGGAAGACUCCUUCUCAACACAACAAAACCUGCAACCUAACCUCCAUAUUCUAUCUGGAUCCAAACCACACACACCCGAAUCCUCAUCAUCCGAAUCCCACCCGGAACCAUUGGCCCGUAAUCCUAACAACCCAAUGUUUCAGCCUGAAACUCCAUUACCCGGUAAAGCCCGUUCCAAGCGGUCUCGGGCGGCUCCGUGUGAUUGGUCCACGCGUCUUCUCCAUCUUUCAACUACCACCAAAGCACCCUCUAAAAAACAUGGAAAUGUUAAUUCGAAUCCGGAAACUGAUACUCUGGUUAGGAAAUGUCUCCAUUGUGCGGCGGAGAAGACACCUCAAUGGCGGACUGGGCCCAUGGGCCCAAAGACUCUGUGUAAUGCUUGUGGAGUGCGGUAUAAGUCGGGUCGGUUGGUACCCGAAUACCGGCCUGCAGCAAGUCCAACUUUUGUGUCCGCGAAACAUUCAAAUUCGCAUAGGAAAGUUUUGGAGCUUCGGAGGCAAAAGGAAUUGCAAAGAGCACAACAUGAACAGUUUCUUCAUCAAAGUUCAAUUUUUGGCGUAUCCAAUGGUGGAGAUGAUUUCUUGAUUCAUCAUCACGGUGGGCCCAAUUUUAGGCAAAUGAUUUAGUUGGUCCCUCACUAGGAUUGUUUUGGUAAUUUUUGUAUCAUCAGAAUUUGAAUUUGUAGUUUUUCCUUUUCUUCACUUAAAAGAAAAAAAAAAAAGAAUUAAAUGAAAAAAAGAAAAGAAAAGAAAAGAAAUGAGAGGGAAAAGGGGGAAGCCAUUCAUGAUAGACUUUAUAAUGGAACUCUUAUUUAUUUUUAUUUUUUGGCCAAAACAGGCAAAAUAUUAGAACUGAUUUUAAUUUAAUUAGAGAUUUAUGCAAUUUUUA